CUCGCCCCCUCCUCUCUCUCUCUCUCUCUCUCUCUCUCUCCCUCUCUCUCAGCAGGAAUGUGGACUUCUUCAGUUCACUCAGUGUGGGAAGCUCCGCGCGUCCCUUCACUCUCCCUCUCUCUGUCCGGGACUGAAUGAACAAUAAUCGAUCACCGCUUUGGUUCAACAUAUUGAUGAUCAGCAGCAGCAGGAGCAGGAGCUGGAAGUGAUUGAUCUUUAAUCGGAUUAUACUCUCACUGGGUUUUUUUGUUGUGUGAAGGAGAUUCUCGUGUGUUGUGUUUCUGAGUCUGUGGAGGAGAAAAGUUUGCUGUGGAGUCCGCAGAUGUUCACCUCAUUCCGGGGCUCCUUCACCAUGGACCCGGAGUCACUGAGAAGGUGAAGACUGCUGGUGUGAAGUGCUCAGUGUGACCCUCAUCACAGCAACUGCUCAUAUAACUGCCUCCAGUUCAGUGACAGACUGUUAACCAUGGCGUCAAGUCUGACAUGUGCGGGCGUGAUCUGGGCCCUGUUGUCCCUGCUCUGUGCCGCCGCCUCCUGCGUGGGCUUCUUCAUGCCCUACUGGCUGCUGGGGACGCAGAUGGACAAGCCCGUGUCCUUUGGCACGUUCCGGCGCUGCUCCUACCCGGUGAGGGACGAGGAGCGGCAGGCCACCGUCAUGCUGGAGCAGUGCGGCCGCUACGCCUCCUUCAACGGCAUCCCGAGUCUGGAGUGGCGGAUCUGCACGGUGGUGACGGGCGUGGGGUGCGGCCUCCUCCUGCUGGUGGCGCUCACGGCCCUCAUGGGCUGCUGCAUCUCUGACCUCAUCUCGCGCACGAUUGGCCGCGUGGCCGGUGGCAUCCAGUUUGUUGGAGGUCUGCAACUUUGGUCUGAUGAAGACGAACUGCGCCGCCUCAUCUGCCACGUAGUCAUCAGGUAAAACUAAUGAGACAGCACCGGCUUGUUAUGUUUGA